AAAGAGAGGGAAAGGAGGACCGAAGAGGAGGAGGAGGAGGAGGGGAGGGGGGAGGAGGAGGAGGAAGAUCAGGAGGAGGAGGAGGAGGAGGAGGAAGAAGAGGAAAACAGAAAAAGAAGAAAUAUCACAGGAAAAAAAAAGUCUUCGUUGUCUUCCCUGAUCUUUUUUUUUUUUCCUAAAAAUAACAUAUUGGAAAAUUGGGAGAAGUCUCCUUGGUUUGGAAAAAAAAAAAGGAAUCUUCAGCGUAGAUCACUUUCCUAUCCGGACUGGGAUAUUAAAUAUACGACACAUCCAGGAGUUUAUUGGAGCGCAGACUGAUGGCGCAAAGGUACGAUGAGCUGCCCCAUUACGGCGGGAUGGACGGAGUAGGGGUCCCCGCUUCCAUGUACGGAGACCCUCACGCGCCGCGGCCGAUCCCCCCGGUUCACCACCUGAACCACGGGCCGCCGCUCCACGCCACGCAGCACUACGGCGCUCACGCCCCGCACCCCAAUGUCAUGCCGGCCAGUAUGGGAUCCGCUGUCAACGACGCCUUGAAGCGGGACAAGGACGCGAUCUACGGGCACCCGUUGUUUCCUCUGUUAGCUCUGGUUUUUGAGAAGUGCGAACUGGCGACCUGCACGCCCCGGGAACCCGGAGUGGCCGGCGGAGACGUCUGCUCCUCGGACUCCUUCAACGAGGACAUCGCGGUCUUCGCCAAGCAGGUUCGCGCCGAGAAGCCACUCUUCUCCUCAAAUCCAGAGCUGGACAACUUGAUGAUACAAGCAAUACAAGUACUAAGGUUUCAUCUUUUGGAGUUAGAAAAGGUCCAUGAACUGUGUGAUAAUUUCUGCCACCGGUACAUUAGCUGUUUGAAGGGGAAAAUGCCCAUCGACCUUGUCAUUGAUGAAAGAGACGGCAGCUCCAAGUCAGAUCACGAAGAACUCUCAGGCUCUUCCACGAAUCUCGCUGACCAUAACCCUUCAUCUUGGCGAGACCACGAUGAUGCAACCUCAACCCACUCAGCAGGCACCCCAGGACCCUCCAGUGGGGGCCAUGCCUCCCAGAGUGGAGACAACAGCAGUGAGCAAGGGGAUGGUUUAGAUAACAGCGUAGCAUCACCUGGUACAGGUGACGAUGAUGAUCCUGACAAGGACAAAAAACGCCAGAAGAAAAGAGGCAUUUUCCCCAAAGUAGCAACAAAUAUCAUGAGAGCAUGGCUCUUCCAGCAUCUCACACAUCCGUACCCUUCCGAAGAGCAGAAGAAACAGUUAGCGCAAGACACAGGACUUACAAUUCUCCAAGUAAACAACUGGUUUAUUAACGCCAGAAGAAGAAUAGUACAGCCCAUGAUUGACCAGUCAAAUCGAGCAGUGAGCCAAGGAGCAGCAUAUAGUCCAGAGGGUCAGCCCAUGGGGAGCUUUGUGUUGGAUGGUCAGCAACACAUGGGGAUCCGGCCUGCAGGUUUGCAGAGCAUGCCAGGGGACUACGUUUCUCAGGGUGGUCCUAUGGGAAUGAGUAUGGCACAGCCAAGCUACACUCCUCCCCAGAUGACCCCACACCCUACUCAAUUAAGACAUGGACCCCCAAUGCAUUCAUAUUUGCCAAGCCAUCCCCACCACCCAGCUAUGAUGAUGCACGGAGGACCCCCUACCCAUCCUGGAAUGACUAUGUCAGCACAGAGCCCCACAAUGUUAAAUUCUGUAGAUCCCAGUGUUGGCGGACAGGUCAUGGACAUUCAUGCCCAGUAGUAUAAGAGAACUCAAGGGAAAAGGAAACACACGCAAAAACUAUUUUAAGACUUUUUGAACUUUGACCAGAUGUUGACACUUCAUAUGAGAUUCCAGACAGCUGUGAUUAUUUUUUACUUUUGCCAUUUUUCAUCAAGUAACAGAGGACCAAUGCGAGAACACCACAAAUGUGAAAUCAUGGGCUCACUCAGACAAUGCUGUCCAUGUCAAGAUCCUCUGGAAAAAAAAAAAAAAGACUCCGAGAGUUAUAACUACUGUAGUAUAAACAUAGGAACUAAGUUAAACUUGUACAUUUCUGUUGAUUCACUCCGUUAUGUUGCCUCAAAUAGUUUUAGAAGAGAAAAAAAAAUAUAUCCUUGUUUUCCACACUAUGUGUGUUGUUCCCAAAAGAAUGACUGUGUUGGUUCAUCAGUGAAUUCACUAUCCAGGAGAGACUGUGGUAUAUUUUAAAACUGUUGGGCCAAUGAGAAAAGAACCACGCUGGAGACCAUGCUGGACAUUUGACUGAACCUCAUCCCUCAACCUCCAGCUUCAAGAAUGUGUUUUCAAGCCCGGCCUUUGUUCCUCCAUAAAUGUGUCCUUUAGUUUCAAACAGAUCUUUACAGUUUGUGCUUCAUAAGCCAACUCUUAUUUUGGGGGUCUCUUCUUCCAAGAGCUUGCCAAUGAAGUUUCAAAGACAGAACGGAGCUCCUUUCCAGUUCUGCGCCUGGGCUCUGGACAGUCUUAAGUCGGGCAGCUUUCCUCAACACAAAAAUGCUAUUCAUGGUCACUGCACCGUUAACUGGGACUUUAUCAGCAACUCGAAGCCUGGGGGAGAAAAAGGAGCGGGAGAAUAACCAACUGCGUACAGAGUUCAGUCUAUUAAUUGUUUCAUGUUAGAUAUUCUAUGUGUUUACCUCAAUUGAAAAAAAAAAAAGAAUGUUUUUGCUAGUAUCAGAUCUGCUGUGGAAUUGGUAUUGUAUGUCCAUGAAUUCUUCUUUUCUCAGCACGUGUUCCUCACUAGAAGAAAAUGCUGUUACCUUUAAGCUUUGUCAAAUUUACAUUAAAAUACUUGUAUGAGGACUGUGACGUUAUGUUAAAAAGACAAAGGUGUUAAGUCACAAAAUGCGGUAAUAAAUAUUUCAUUUUUGA